UUAAAGGGAGCAAGGUUGGAGACCCCUGCGCCUAUAUAACAUUUAAAAAAAAAGAGAGAGAGAGAGAGGCAAUCCCCCAUUUAAAUCCGACGUGCCUUUUGAUUGGCUGGUAGAAAAGUUUCUGCCGCUGUUUUUCAAGAAGAGGAAGCGACGGGAGUGAAGAGGCCGGCCGGCUGGCUGACUUGCUGGGAGAAACUUGACUGGCAUUUGAGACUCGUUUUCUGCUCCCCUCCCUCUUUGGUUGCGGGGGCUGUGCGCGAGCCUAUAGAACAGAAGCGGUUUCCAACGUUCUGAGCGCGUGGCAGGAGGGAGGAGAGCGCGCGCGGGUGGGGGAGCGCGCGCAGAGAUAGUGGUGCAGAACUCGCCCGGCUAGCAAAGCAAGCAAGCAAGCAAGCGAGGGGUGUGGGGGGGAAACGACGGGGAGGUAUCCAGGGGAAGAAUCGUGCAGAAACGAACGUGGAAAUGCAGCCCAAACCCCAGCACGAGCGAUAGCAAACGCUAAGCUUUCCUAACCUGACCUGCUGCCCCAACCUUUCUAAAGCUACAACCCACAGCCCCUGGUUUUCGGUUAUGCUUUUUCCACUUAGUCUCCAAGCCUCCGUUCUCAUUUUUGUCCUUUCGGGGCCGUUAAAGGGACGUUUCUCCUCGACGACAUCCCUUUCCGGGUUCUCUUGUUAAGAGCACCUGGGCGAGUACACACCUUUUUGCAAGUACAGCUCAUCCAGUUGCUAGGUUCCCUCCCAUUUCUCUGCACCCAACAGAGAAUUCCUAUAGGCCCUCCCCUCUUUUUAAGUCUGUGGACUAUCCCCAGAAAGCACCUGUCCUAACGGUGAACUGGCAGCUCUCACCUGUGCAGGUAUGAAUACCAAGAAAGUAGCUCUCAUCACUGGCAUUACUGGCCAGGAUGGCUCAUACUUGGCAGAGUUCCUGCUGGAAAAGGGCUAUGAGGUACAUGGAAUUGUUCGUAGAUCUAGCUCUUUUAACACGGGACGGAUUGAACAUCUCUACAAGAACCCGCAAGCUCACAUAGAAGGAAGUAAGUGUGUGUUGAAAGAUAUGAAACUACAUUAUGGUGAUUUGACAGAUAGCACUUGCUUGGUGAAAAUAAUCAACGAAGUUAAGCCUUCUGAAAUUUACAACCUUGGAGCACAGAGUCAUGUUAAAAUAUCGUUUGAUUUAGCAGAAUAUACAGCAGAUGUUGAUGGAAUUGGCACUUUACGAUUACUAGAUGCUAUCAAGACAUGUGGGCUCAUAAACUCUGUAAAAUUCUAUCAAGCCUCAACAAGUGAACUUUAUGGAAAAGUGCAAGAAAUACCUCAAAAGGAGACUACUCCAUUUUAUCCCAGAUCUCCAUAUGGGGCAGCCAAACUCUAUGCGUAUUGGAUUGUGGUAAAUUUCAGGGAGGCCUAUAAUCUCUUUGCUGUGAAUGGUAUUCUUUUCAACCAUGAGAGUCCCCGGAGAGGAGCCAAUUUUGUAACUCGAAAGAUUAGUCGUUCGGUUGCUAAGAUCCAUCUGGGACAAUUGGAAUGCUUCAGUUUGGGAAAUUUAGAUGCCAAGAGAGACUGGGGUCAUGCCAAGGACUAUGUUGAGGCAAUGUGGCUAAUGUUGCAGAUGGAUGAACCAGAGGAUUUUGUAAUAGCUACUGGUGAAGUCCACAGUGUCCGAGAAUUUGUGGAGAAGGCAUUUCAGAACAUUGAUAAAACUAUUGUGUGGGAAGGAAAGGAUAAGAACGAAGUGGGCCGAUGCAAAGAAACAGGCAAGAUUCAUGUGACAGUUAAUCAUAAAUACUACAGACCAACGGAAGUAGAUUUUCUACAAGGUGAUUGUACCAAAGCAAAGCAGAAACUCAAUUGGAAACCUAGUGUCACUUUUGAUGAGCUGGUGAAUGAGAUGGUGAAAGCAGAUGUGGAACUGAUGAGAAAUAACCCCAAUGCGUGAAUCUGCCCCUCUUUCUCUACUUGCUCCAUCAGUUUUAACUGAAGCUCCAGGGACGAAGCCUAAUGAUGAAUCAUCCAGAAGACAUUGUUGGAUGUUGGUGGGGCUAGAGAUGCUAAAGCUUCAAUGGUGUUAGAUGAUUUGUUGCUGCCAUUUAUAUUUCCUUCUGCUUUCUGCAAUGGAUCCCUUCUUCUCUUCUCUUCUCUUUCUUUUCCAAAUUAGAAUCCUUCAUCAUGCUUUUACAUUCCUUUCUGAGGGGGAGUUUGAAGCAGAGAGGAUUGUUUGCAGCAUAUAAUCAAAAAUUGAUAUUGUAAUUUCAGAACAUUUUCUUUUGAUAUUAAAAAUAUAUUUCCAUA